UUUGUAGUCUUGCCACCUUGCUGAAGUUACACAAUAAAUACAAGUUCCAAAGCUUGGACUUCAUGGGUACUUCCGGCUACCAAAGUCUAGUUACAGCUUGUCCAGGCAACAAUCCUUCCUCUCCUAGGCAGCCUAGACAGAUCCCAACUUCGGCAUCAUAUAAAAUAGGAUGCAAUACUUUUCAUACUGCAUCAAGUCCUGGUAGUUAAAUUCACAGCAAUAUGUCUACGUCUGAACACGGGUCACCUCCUCGGGUUUUACGUGUCCCAAGGUCUGAUGAGCCCGACAGUUAUGUGCUGCUCCACGUCGCGCGUACCAAUAAGACUGCACUCGAUUUGAAUCUCACUGCAACGGAAGGAGAAUUUCCGUAUAAUGGGGUUGUGCGACAGGCUCGUGCGCAGACUCAUCGUUCGAAGAGCUACCAGGGAACCGAUGAGGACUGGGUUCUUAUCCUGCUGCGUGCCUUGGGUCAGCUAGAGAUCAAUACAGAUAAUUCAGAUCUGCUAUCUGGUAUUGAAUUAUCAGCUAGCAUCAAGGGACAGGGUAGGCAGGGCAAUCAACUGGUCCUCACUAUUCGCCGGAGGGUCCAAACAAUAACUCAAAGACUCGGUUCUAUAGCGCUAAAGCAGGAUGAUGAACAAGCUAUCCAGCUCUUUGACUGGUCUGCCGUCGCCGUUGCCAGAGCUGAUAUGCUUGAGCAGCAGUUAUUAAAAUUGCAACGGCACUAUCACGAAGCCGACAGCACUAUCGAGCAGCUCAAUAAGCAAAUCGAAGACUUCAUAUCUGCAAAACGCCGCCAUGAGGAACAGCUUAUGGCGAACUUUACACAAGUUCUAAAUCAGAAAAAGCUCAAAAUUCGCAAUCAACAACGCUUGUUGGCUUCGGCGAAAAUUGAUGUGGACGAUGCUGGUAAACAUAAAGCUGCCUCAUCAAAAGCCGGGGCCCGUGUCGGCAGCAUGAAGCAUGCGAAACGUCCUAUUGUGGAAACGAGCGAUGACGAUGCUGAAAGUGAUAAUGGCUUGGAGAGCUUGGAUCAGACCAAGCCUCAAAUCAGCCCAGGAAGAAUGUCAGAGACGGAUGAUGAACCGAAUUCCACUCCGCAGCCAUUGGAGGAUGUAGAUGAUACCACUGAUGAAGAUUCACCCACAGCGUCCGGCAUCGAUCAGGGGGUAAGUGAACAAAAUAAAACGGAAGAAGCCUACCAUCCAUCUAGGAUGCAAAAACAGUCACCGCCACCCCGCAGGGAGCUUCCAUUCACUAGAGGGUCAGGAUCAAGGAAAGACACAGUACAAGAUCUACAGCAUCAACAAGACAAUGCCGAAGAAACCGCAGGCGAGACAGACGAUGAUGAGCUAUGAAGAUAUAGCAGAGGGAAUAUUAGUGCAUCAAUCAAUAUUGAACUUCGUCAAGCCUCUCAAGCUUAUUUUGAACUUAUAUACAAUAUCACCACUAGUGACGCAUCCUCUCCUAUCUCAAGAAAGAAACUUCACUGUCAGGGAGAAACCAAUAGCAGUACGCAUUACUGGGAGGAAUGAACAAAGGGAA